GGUCUUCUUCAUUGACCACAUACAGACGUCCUGCGGAGAAAUGGAUCCAAGAGUCGCCAGCUUGAUUGCUCUUCCGUCUGAGAAUGAUGUGACGAGAUAUUACGACGCGAUCACUGCCGCCGGACUGAGUCCAGGGUUGCAAGUACGGCACAUCGGUUUCAAAUUGGGAAAGGGUGUGUUCGCGACACGACAGUUCAAGAGAAAGGAGGUGGUGUUGAAGGAGUCGAAGCUUGUCGGUGCACAGCACACUUUGAAUAAGGAUGUCGCUCUUGUCUGUGGCCAUUGCUCCACAUAUGUUGGGUCGAUUGAGCUGCAAAUUGGACGACGACUUUUGAGUGAGGGUGUCGAUGGCGAUGGCGACCAAAUGGAUGCUUCCACCCUGUCAAACAGCAAUGGAGUGCAGGUGAAAAAGGUCGGUGUGUUUGCGAAUGGACGGCAGAUCGGAGACUCGCAUGAAGUGGGAAUGGCAGGUGGGGCUGUGGAACAAAGCCACGCAGAGAAACAAGGCAAGAACAUGGAAGAGGCGCUCAAGGAUGUGCACAGGUGCAAGGAGCGAGAGGAAGAGAAUGUCGGGGCGGAGGAGGAGGGUUGCCCCUUCGUCGUCACAAGUGCUCCUUGCCAGAAUGACCCCCACCUUGGAGGGCAAGUAAGCGACUGCCCUCCGACUGGAGCCGAAUUGUCAGCGGAUACGAUGGAACGAAGUUGCGUCGUGAAACUGAAACCAUGUGAGACUACUGUGAGGGAAGGAGAGGUCCAGACAUUGGAUAUGGAAGUGCACGGCGAUAGCGAGGGCAAGGAAGAGGGUGGUCGCCAUCUUCUUUCCGCAAGAGAUCCCUGUCUGAAUCACCCGCACGUUGGAGGAGGGCAAGGAAGGGACCCGCCUUUGGUUGGAGCCGAACCGUCAGGAGCUAGGCCAAGGUCUGUUCAAGGGGAGAGUUGUAGAGGAGAGCUCCUGAAGCUAGUGCAAGGCCUUGUGGAGGGAAGUUUGGCUUUACCGUACAGCGAGGGGUUUAAACUUCCAGCUGUUGUGGGUUGCCCUGGAGGCUGUGUGGAGGAUGUUUUCUGCAGCGAAGCAUGUGCCAAUGACGCGUGGGAUUCAUAUCAUUCUUUGUUAUGUACGGGGCCACGAUCACGCGCGAAGAGCGUUGAUGCGCUGUUGAGAUUCAAGCAGCACGCAGACGGGACGAAUGACAUCUUCCACGUAGCAGGUCAGGUCAUAGCAAGCACAUUGCUCAGAGCAGAGAGGAUAGAAAACCGAGGCAGGAAAGCAGAACAAAGUACGCGUCCACCAUCCAGCAUUGCUGACGACACAACUUUGCAGUUGUCGAACGAUGGGAGGGAAAACGCAGAGACCAGUGAUCUUGACGACAUGGCGGUCUUGAAGGCAGCCUGGGAGCCAUUUGCAAUGGGCCACAAGACGGUCUGGUGGGAGGCUGUCGCUUGCCCGGAAGGAAUGGAUAAGCCAGAAGAAGCAGCGUUCCGCGCUCAGCUCCAGACGAUCGCAAGUGAUUCUUUGGAGCUGUUGCGAGAGGCACUUUAUCGAGAGCAAUACGAUCCGUUGUUCUCGAUUGAGGUGUAUUCUCGGAUAAUCGGUAUGUUCGAGCAAAAUAACUUGGCAGUCGUCGUUGCGUCUCCUGUGGAGGACUAUUUCCUGUACAUCCACGACCUCCCGGAGGCGGAAAAGUCAGAAGCAGAGAAGCUUACGAAACCUCUUCUCGAUGCCCUCGAUCAGGGUUAUGCAGAUUUCUGCGAAGGAACCGCGUUCUACCGUCUCCAGAGCUGUAUGAAUCAUUCGUGUGUGCCAAAUGCGAGGGCGUUUAAGAGGGAUGAAGACACGGAUGGCAGUGCGGUGUUGUUGGCCAUUAGGGACAUCGAUCCUGGUGAAGAGAUCAGGAUUUCUUAUAUUGAUGAAGCAGCUUCGCUGCCAGAAAGGAGAGCAGCGCUGCGAGACUACGGUUUUGUUUGCACCUAAGAGAUGACGGAGGAUGGUGGUGCAAAGCCGGGUACGGAGGAGGGAAAUCUGCUUUUUAAAGGCUUCCUGCAGUUGGUGCUUUCCAGCUUGGCAUCACGAAUUUUGUCGUUUAUCGUCAAUCUGUUUGUUGUGAGAAGUCUAGGUCCUUCUGAGUUUGCACAGUUCGCUGUGCAAUUCCCUGUCCUGACGACAACCAUUCUCUAUCUCAGUCGCGAGGGGUUUCGUCGCGGCUGUCUCCGUGCAGGAGAUGAUGAUGUGGCAUCGUCAUCAUCAACGAGCGGCAGCAGCAGCUCCCGAACCAGCAGUAGGACUGCAAAGGUCUUGGCAGUUGCCUGGCUUACUGUCCCUGUAGGCAUUACGGUCACUGCUGCUGUCUUCACUUUGAUAGCCUACUGGGCAGGCCAGGGCAAAACGGACGCGAUCCACGUCCUCAUUCUUGGCAUUCUUCUCGAAAUACUGAGCGAGCCGGCCUACAUAUUUUCUCAGUCCAUGCACCUUGUCCAGGUACGUGCGACGCUCGAAAGUCUGGCAAAUCUCAUGCGCGCUUUCGCGCUGUGCAUCGUCGUCCUCCAUGGAGGCGGGAAAUCCGGCGCGGCGCUGCAUGCCUACGGCCAGCUUGCAAUGGGUGGUUCCCUACUUGUGGGGUAUUGGGCCUAUGUCGUUGUCAGGGUGGGUACGCGGGGACUGCAAGGAUUGAGACCUUCGCGAAACCUGGACAAAAGUCUGCUGGGUUUGUGUGGGGUUUUUACGAUCCAAUCAGUACAGAAACUAGUCUUGCAGGAGGGCGAAAAGAUGGUCCUCGUGUUGUUUGGCAGUCCGUACAAUCAAGGAGUUUACGGUGCAGUGGACAAGCUAGGUUCGGCAGUGGUUCGCAUAGUUUUCCGUCCGUUGGAGGAAAUCGCGUUCGCGGUCUUCUCAAAAUCUUCACCAGUGUCAUCGGGAAGAAGCGCUGACGAGCGAUCGUCUACGAAAAGAAUUGCUCAGAAAUACGGUCUCGAACGGCUUUUUCUGCUUCUGUUGAAAGCGGUUCUGCUGAUCGGAUUGCUGGCGGUCACAUUCGGGCCGAGCUACUCAUAUGUUUUGAUACGGAUGCUGUACGGAGAGAAAUGGAGUGAGACGGAAGCGCCGCAACUUCUCAAGCUUUAUUGCGUGUACGUGAUGAUUCUCCCGAUUAACGGGGUGACGGAAACAUUUCAGCAUGCAUCGCAGAACAAGCAACAGAUUACGAUAUCAAAUGCAUGGUCGAUCGUAUUUUCAAUUACGUACGUCACGCUCAGCAUCGUGCUCAUCAACAUCAUGGGAUCGUUCGGUGUCAUUCUGGCCAAUUGUUGUAGCAUGCUUUUGCGGAUCUGCUAUUCGUUACACUUUGCAACCGUCUUUUUCAAAGACAUGCCGACAUUCUCUCUUCUUAGGGUGCUUCCUGACCGGAGGGUCAUCGUCGCUUUCUUAGCUGCAGUGGCAAUGACGAGAAUCUCCAACCUCGUGAAUCUACCGAACGGAGGUGCGUUGUCCAGUCAAGAGUUUUUGCGUGACUCGGCCCUUCAUGUGGCAUUGGGAGUUAUCUGCUUGGGGGGCGUGGUGGCCGCCUUGUUCGUCUUCGAAAAGAGGUUAAUUCGGGAAAUGCGCUCGAUGAUCUCCCCUACCACGCUCAAGCAGGACACAGGUAGUAGUAGUAGUAGUUCCACAACUGAUGCCGGCAAGAAAUCCAAUUAAUAAUUAUAUUAAUUAACCAAUUUUGUCAUUUAGUCUCAUUCAUGGUGGCAAUUGUUUUCCAUUUAUGUUCUGGUCCACAGUGUCCACACUCAACACAAGUUCAUCAGUUUUGUUGUGAUGUAGGGGAGCUCAAGUGUCGAGUGUCGUGGGUCCGGUUGUUGAUGAGUGUUGUGUGUGUGGGCACGACAUCCAGAUUCCAGUGUAACAACGCAGACACGACAGGAAGAAAGCUUACAGUUGACAAGAAGCUGGCGUGCAUGGCUUUCCAUCAUUAGCAGAGGCUUUCGGGAUACUGUGAGAACGCG